CGGGGGGCGGGGGGGGGGCGGGGGAGGGAAGGAAUUCGGAGGUUGGGGGGGGUGUCCCGCCGUGGGGGUGACACGAUGUCCCCACAGCGUGGACGGCGAGACGCCGGGCAGCGAAGGGGGGGGGCGCGACGCCCGACAGCCCCGGGCGACCCCCCCCCCUACCGCGGCCUCCCUCAACCGGCCCCUCAAGGAACGGGAGGAAGCGGGGGGGGCCCCGGGGGGGGUUCCCCGGGUUUGGCCUGGUCCCGGCUGCCCCCCCAGCCCGCCAGCGUGGCCCUACGCAAGCAGGAGGAGGAGGAGGAGAGCAAGAGGCCGAAGGCUCUGAGCGACAGCUACGAGCUCUCCACCGACCUGCAGGACAAGAAGGUGGAGAUGCUGGAGCGCAAAUACGGGGGUUACUUCCGCACCCGCCGCGCCGCCCGCACCAUCCAGGCCGCCUUCCGCCGCUACCGCAUGGCCCAGAAGUUCGAGCGGCUGCGCAGCGAGGGGGGGCGCGCGCGACGCCUGGCCCUCCCCGGCCUCCGCCUCCAAUUCUCCUUCGAGGAAUACGACCGCGGCCCCCCGGCUCCCGUCCCCGGCCCCCCUCCGCCGCCCCCCCCUUAUUUUCAAGGCAAACCCGCCUCGCUGGACGAGGGGGUGUUGGGGGGACCCCGAAGGGCCCCCCGUUACGGGGGGUCUUGCCGGGCUGGUUUGGAUGGGGGCGGGGGGGUAGGACCUGCCGAGGGGGCGGCGGUGGGGGGGGGCGGGGGGGCGGGAGGUGCCGGCAGCCCCCCCCGGCAGCUCUCGGCCUCUGCCGACUUCGGGCCCGGGGGAGCCGACCUGGAGGAGGCCUUUGCGCAGCAGGUGAAAUCUUUGGCCGCCUCCAUCGACGAGGCGCUGGGGGGGGGCCGGGGGAUGCCCCCGGGCGCGCCCCCCCCAGCGGCGGCGGGUGACAGCGCCGCCACCUCCGCCAGCGACGUCACCCUCUACCUGGACGAGGGGCUCCCCGGUUCCCCCCGCUCCCCCGAGCGACCCCCCAGCCCUGAACCCCCCCCCGAAACCGGGGGGGGCCUUCCUCCCCCCGCCCCCCCUCCACCUCCUCUCCCGCCUCCCGCCAACCCCCCCGGCUCGGCUGAACGGUGGGGGGGGGGCGGUCCCGAGGAACCCCCUCGCCGCGGCCCCCCCUGUUUGGAGUGUCGGGGGCGGGGGGGGGGCGGGGGGGGCCACCCCCCUUUGCUGACGGUCGAACCCCCCAGCGACAGCUCGGCCGAUCUCAGCGACCGCUCCGACCGGGGGUCCCUCAACCGGGGGGGUCCUUACGAACCCGAAGGGGCCGGGGGGGGUACUUUGCCCCGCGGCGGGGUCCCCCCUCAUCGUUGUUUCCACCCCGAAACUCCCCCCGGUCCCCCCCCCGGCCCCCCCCCGCCCCCCGCCCCCGAGGAAGGCUCGGAGGGGGACAACGAGAGCUUGGGGAGCAGCUCCAACUCCAACGAGACCCUCAACUGCUCCUCGGGUUCCUCGUCCCGCGACAGCUUGCGACGGCCCCCCCCGCCUCCCCCCCCGCCUCCCGCCGCCCCCCCUCAACCCCCCGGUCCUUCCGGCCCCCCCGGCAAAGCCACGUAUCAACGGGAACCGCGGCAGAGCUGGGACUCGCCGGCGCUCAACAACGACGUGGUGCAACGCCGGCAGUACCGCAUCGGCCUCAACCUCUUCAACAAGAAACCGGAGAAGGGGAUCCAGUACCUGAUCGAGAGGGGUUUCCUCUCGGACACGCCGGUGGGGGUGGCCCACUUCAUCCUGGAGAGGAAGGGCUUGAGCCGGCAGAUGAUCGGCGAGUUCCUCGGCAAUCGCCAGAAGCAAUUCAACCGCGACGUUCUCGACUGCGUGGUGGACGAGAUGGAUUUCUCCGGGAUGGAGCUGGACGAGGCCCUGCGCAAGUUCCAGUCUCACAUUCGGGUGCAAGGGGAGGCCCAGAAGGUCGAGCGUUUGAUCGAGGCCUUCAGCCAACGUUACUGCGUGUGUAACGCGGCCCUGCUGCGUCAGUUCCGCAACCCGGACACCAUCUUCAUCCUGGCCUUCGCCAUCAUCCUCCUCAACACCGACAUGUACAGCCCCAGCGUCAAGGCCGAGCGCAAGAUGAAGCUGGAAGACUUCAUCAAGAACCUCCGAGGGGUGGACAACGGGGAGGACAUCCCCCGGGACAUGCUGGUGGGCAUCUACCAGCGCAUCCAGAGCCGGGAGCUGCGGACCAACGACGACCACGUCUCCCAGGUCCAGGCCGUUGAGCGCAUGAUCGUCGGCAAGAAGCCGGUGCUGUCCCUGCCCCACCGGCGCCUGGUGUGCUGCUGCCAGCUCUACGAGGUCCCCGACCCCAACCGGCCCCAGCGCCUGGGGCUGCACCAGCGCGAGGUCUUCCUCUUCAACGACCUGCUGGUGGUGACGAAGAUCUUCCAGAAGAAGAAGAUCCUGGUGACCUACAGCUUCCGCCAGAGCUUCCCCCUCGUGGAGAUGCACAUGCAGCUCUUCCAAAACGCCUAUUACCAGUUUGGGAUCAAGCUGCUGUCGGCGGCGCCGGGGGGGGAGAGGAAGGUCCUCAUCGUCUUCAACGCCCCGAGCCCCCAGGACCGGCUGCGCUUCGCCAGCGACCUCCGCGAGUCCGUGGCCGAGGUGCAGGAGAUGGAGAAGUACCGCGUGGAGGCGGAGCUGGAGAAGCAGAAGGGGGUGGCGGGGCCGCGGGGGGGGGGACCCCCCCGGGAGGCCCUCAAUGGCCUGAGCCGCAGCAGCCUGGAGGAUUUCGGGGCCGGGGAGGGGCUGAAGCGCAGCGCCCUCAGCAGCUCCCUCCGGGACCUCUCCGACAGCGGCAAACGGGGCCGGCGCAACAGCGUGGGGUCCCUCGACAGCACCAUCGAGGGCUCCAUCAUCAGCAGCCCCCGGCCACAAGCCCGGGGGCCACCGGGGGGGGCCGGGGGGAGCCCCCGAAGGCUACAAACCACCCCCCGCCCCGUCUCCAACUCUUCCUCCUUCUUGGGAUCCCUCUUCGGCAGCCGAAGGGGCAAAGGACCCCCCGGACCCCACCCCGGGGCCGGGGGCCCCACCUCGGCCUCGGCCUCCUCUUCCUCGGCUUCAUCCUCCCAUCACCAUCAUCCCCCCCCCCGCGCCCCCCCAGGCCCCCGAAAGGGCCUUCAAGCUCCAGGCCUUGCACGCCCAGUAUUGCCACGGGGCCGGGGGGGCCACGGCAACCGGGGGGGGCCCCGGCCCUCCGCCGCCCCCCCCUUACCCCAGCAGCCCCCCCCUCCCGCUCGCCCAGCUCCCCCCCCGCCGCUGCCCGCCAUCGCCGCCGGGGCCCCCCCUCGCUUCCACGGGGGACCCCAACCCCCGUUAUCAGCCCCCCCCCAGCAGCACGGCCCCCCCGGCGGGGGGUUCCCCCCCCCGCACCCCCAUUACACCCUCCACCGACCCGGCAAAAGGGGGGGUGCCCCCCCCGGCCCCCCCCCGCCAACCCCUCUCCCCCCUUCCCCUCUACAGCCCCGCGCCCCCCCCACCACGGGCUGCCCCACGCUUACCCCCCCGGCCCCCCGCCUCACCACCACCCCCCGCCCCCCCCCGCCCCCGCCAAGCACUUCGUUUUCGGGGGGGGGGUCCCGAGCGGGGGGGCCCUGCGGGGGGGAGGCGGCGGGGCAGCCCCCCCGCCCCAUCACCACCAUCACCAUCAUCAUCACCACCAUCCCCCCCCCCACUCCCCCCAUCCCCCCCCCACCCUUCUUACCCCCCUCUGCCCCCCCCCCCUCGCCCCACACCCCCCUCAGCCCCCACUCCCCCGCCGGCCCCACCUCGCCCCCUGGCCCAAGCCGGUCAGGGCCCCCCCAAACCCAAGGGGGGGAACCGCAUCAGCACCGUGGUUUGACCCCCCCCCGCCCCAACCUC